AGUGUAAACAUUGUAGAGAGCGUACGUAUUUUCUGCAAUAACACUUUUAAUCGACUAAAAGCUUUAUUGCGGCCGUGUUUAUUACAAUAAGGAGUUAAACCUUUGUUCUAACGAGUGAUAUGAAUUUGUUAUUAGUUAAAUUGCGUGUCUAAAUGAUGAAGUCAUCGGCCAUUCGCGAGGGUCGACCGGUGUUCCCUUUCGCGUAGUUCGCUUGUUUUGAAUGAGACGGACGAAUUAGAAAAAUCGCAACUACUAGUCUAGACAGUGUUUUGUUUAGCAAGCUUUAAUUUGUGGCGUGGUCGUAGUUUAAAUAGUAGCGUGCUUUUUCAGAAUGCCGGCGCUUCGUCUACUGGGGCGACGAUGGAUGUUUGCCUCAGACGAUCUAGUGUUCCCCUCCAUCUUGGAAAUACCAUACAGACUGACAUGGCUGCUGCUCCUGUCGCUCGUGCUGCGAGACAGCGGCUCCUUCGAUUGCAGGGAGACAUCGUACGCGCAGCUGUUCGUUGAUGGAUGCCUCAUGAUACAGGUUGUGGAAAUCCUUCUUCUGGUAGCCACUGCGGUACACUCCGCGCGAGGCUCUCUCACAAACGAAGAGCCCCGGAGAUACGUCGGGCAUCUACUGAUUUGCAAAUUGUUCUUCCUGAUAGUGGAGAUGGGAUUACUCGUUAUGGGUAAUAUUUGGGUAAUAAUUGGAUCAGUCGAUUGCCAAGUAUCUGGGUUCACCAAGACGAUUUUACAAUGUAUAGUCAUACUGUCAUGGAUACCAAUGGCUUUAAUGGCACUGGCAGUGUACUUUGCCUACGACCCAUUAGGGACUCUGAAGUACGAAGAUCUGCAGACCCCUGAAGAGAGGGACUACUACCAUAAGAAGUUCACAGAAAUAUGGGAGAGCAGGCUUCGGUGGACGUUUUGGUAUUUUAAAGACAGCAAGAUGAAGGAGGCAAUCAGCGAAAUGGCAUCGCUUCUAAGUAUACUGUUCAGAUCAUCAGACCUGGUUCUCUACGACUUGAUUGCCGGGUCCAUACUCCUACGCGUCCGUCAGAAACGCGAGUCGAGGAUCAAGAAAGCCACCCAGCCUGCUGAUGCUGAGACAGUCACUGAAGAAAACGAGUAUACCACAGAUAUGCGAAAGAUCUGCGCCGACGCACCGGCCUGGAUGACGGUAGAGGAGGCUCAGCAUUACUUGAAGUAUGCUACUGCGGCGUAUGGUGGACUCUAUGUGCUGUAUAGAUACUACUGUGCUGGGUUUUGCUUCCUUCUUCCGUAUUUGAGAUGCUGUUGUUGGAGGCCGCGACAUGUCAAGGGUGACAACUGCUGCAUGUGCAACUACGCAGGGCUCAAGUACAUGUCCGAUGUCGCCGACAAAGACUUCCUCUUCGUUUCCUUCGAGAACCACAUAUUUGAAGUGCCUUUCUACGUAAUUGCUGAGCACGAACGUAGGUGCAUCGUGGUGACCGUCCGAGGGUCCAUUUCGAUUCCUGACAUGUUCACAGACUUAGCCGCCCCUGCGCAUGCAUUUCAAGCCGAAGGUCUACCAGAAGGUUCCCUGGCUCAUAAAGGCAUGGCAUUGGGCACUGAGAAGACCCUAGAACGACUCGCACCAAUUUUGGAAAGAGCGUUUGCUGAGUAUCCCGACUAUGAACUAGUGAUAACAGGUCACAGUUUGGGAGCUGCAAUAUCUACUUUACUUGGUAUCAAGUUAAAACCAAAAUAUCCCCAUCUCAAAGUAUUUGCAUUUUCAACACCGUCGGGCUUACUAAGUCGUGAUGCUGCACGGUACACCGAGGGUUUCGUUAUGACGGUAGGCGUCGGUGAUGACCUGGUGAUGAGGAUCAGUCUCAAGAGCGCGCAGAUGUUCCGCGACCGGCUUUUAGAGACCAUGCACGCUACCAACUUACCUAAGUACCGGAUAUUGCUGAAAGGACUUCGCUACAUGUUCUUCACGAUACCUGAAACGGAUCUGAACACUGUCUUCAAUGCACCGACGGAUGACAUCGAGGCGAACUUAAUCGGUCCAACUAGAUUAGUGAGAAGUGUUUCAUACGACAUAGAACGAAUGUACAUCGCGGGACGCAUUCUUCACAUUGUGCCUCACAAACCAGCCGGUAUAGACAGAAGUGCCCUGGACCGUGAGCCAAAGUACAAACUCCGGUGGGCAAACGCCGAAGACUUCGCGGAACUAGUGGUAACACCAAGCAUGCUAGUCGACCACAUGCCCGAGAACGUUCUGGAGCCCUUGCAAUCCAUUUGUAGCGCCAGAUUAAAUAAUAUUAUGUAGAUAAGCGUAAUCAAGUAUUGUUACAGUUCUCGCCAGUGAUUGGCGAUAUUGUAAAUACAAACAAUGAAGAUUCUCUUUGUUUUUUCAUUGUGAUGGAAAUUUAAGUCGGCCAUAUUUAUUUGCAAUAUUGCAAUCUUAUAUGGCGUGAACGUUCUGAUACGUUCUGAUCUUAACAGUUCAGAUGAAGUAACAGCGGGGUACUCACUAAAAAGUUGUCCGUAUUUUUGGAUCUUGAUCCCUUUUUCUCAAAGCAAGUCAAGCAAGAGCGACUAAUAACAAAUUGGAAAAUACGGAAACAGCGAAGCCCCGAAAUGUUUACUGAAGUAGCAUAGAAAGAGACUGAGUUUUAAAAACUUGAACUCUUAAAGCGUCUGUAAUACAACAAACUUAAUCUAGAGUUUAUUCACUAUUAAGUGCCUAUGGUGUCUCAAUACGGAGAAACGAUCUAUGUAUUUUUUGAAAUGUAUAAUGUCCCAGAUUAAAAACGUAUGAUGUGAUAUUUUUUUACAAUGCAAUAGAAUGUAAGUGCAAUAAGUGUUACUUAAUAAUUAUGUUGAUUUAAUUUUUGCUGU